UAUAUGUCGCCAUCUUUUAUUAGAAUUGGGCAGCUGUUUCCACUUUAAUCGUAAAUUUAGGAACAAUAACGACAUUCGCCGGCCCUUUUAACUUCUUGUUUGUUAGUAAUUAAGUGCCGGAAUGCCGAGGAGAGCGAAAAAGGACGAGGAUUCCGAGGAUCUGCAGUCGUUCCUCAGCAAUUUCCAUAAGGAAAUCGAUGGCAGCAACGAUGACAAGGUGGUGCACACCAUCCUGAGGGCCAUAAGCGCCGAGAAUGGCGAAGUGGACGACGAGGAGGAGGCGGGCCAAGAUGCGGAGGCAGACAAGUCAAAUCAGGAGGAGCAGCAGGCGGAGAGGGAGGAGGAGGAAGAUGACGACGACGACGAGGACAAGUACUUCAUAGAUGACGAGGGCAACUGCUACAUCAAGACGACGCCCAAGAAGCAAAAGGAGCUGCAGCAGAAGCUCAAGCAGGCGGCUGCCAAGCCCGGAAGACCCAAAGCCACCAAUAAAUCCAUCAACCUGCGGCCGGCCAAGUCGCCGCCAAAAGGUGCCCCAUUCAAGUCACCACCAGAACCCAAACCCAUCAGUGUUCGUCCAGCGCGAGGGGCUGCAGCCAAGGCCAAGCAGAUUGAAAUGCCAUCGCCAACGGUUCCAGCUCCAGCAACAGCCACAGCCACAAAAGUACCCGCCACUAGGGGCAGGCCCAGGAAGAACCCGAUUCUACCCAAACCCGAGCCCAUUGAUCUGGAGCGGGAGAUCGAGGAGUUGGUGGAUGACCCGGACAUCAGUUCAGUGGUCAGCGAUCUGGCGGACUACACAGUGGACAGUGCUGCCGUUGAAGCAGCUACCUCUGUGCUGGAACCAAACGAGAACGAGGUGUACGACUUCGAGGCAGAUGACAAGAAGGACCUGGACUUUGUGCUCAGUAGCAAGGAGGUGAAGCUGAAGCCAGCCGUGCAGAAUGCCUCCGGAGGACAAAAGUACUCAUGCCCCCACUGUCCGUAUGCGGCCAACAAGAAGUUUCUGAUCACGCGCCACUGCCGGAACCACGAUGUGGUGCCCGCCUUCAAGUGCUCCAUCUGCGAGCGGUCCUUCCGCACGAAUGUGGGACUGCAGAACCACUUGAACACGCACAUGGGCAAGAAGCCGCACAAGUGCAAGUCCUGCGAGAGUGCCUUCACCACCAGUGGCGAACUGAUCCGGCACACGCGCUACAAGCACACCAAGGAGAAGCCGCACAAGUGCACGGAGUGCAGCUACGCCAGCGUGGAGCUAACCAAGCUGCGUCGCCACAUGACCUGCCACACGGGCGAGCGACCAUUCCAGUGUCCGCACUGCACCUACGCCUCGCAGGACAUGUUCAAGCUGAAGCGACACCUGGUCAUCCAUACGGGCGAAAAGAAGUACCAGUGCGACAUCUGCAAGUCGCGAUUCACGCAGUCCAACUCGCUGAAGGCCCACAAGCUCAUCCACAGCGUGGUGGACAAGCCCGUCUUCCAGUGCACCCUCUGCCCGACGACCUGCGGCCGGAAGGCUGACCUGCGCAUCCACAUCAAGCACAUGCACACCUCGGACCGGCCGAUUAUGUGCCGGCGCUGCGACCAGAUGCUGCCCGAUCGCUACCAGUACAAGCUGCACGUGAAGUCGCACGAGGGCGAGAAGUGCUACCGCUGUACGCUCUGCAGCUACGCCUCGGUGACCCGGCGCCACCUGGACUCGCACAUGCUCAUCCACCUGGACGAGAAGCCGUUCCAGUGCGAGCAGUGUCCGCAGUCCUUCCGCCAGCGCCAGCUGUUGCGACGCCACAUGAAUCUCAUACACAACGAGGAGUACCAGCCGCCGGAGCCGCGCGCCAAGAUGCACAAGUGUCCCAGCUGCUCGCGGGAGUUCACCCACAAGGGCAACCUGAUGCGGCACAUGGAGGUGCACGACAACACGGUGAAUGCUCGCGAGAAGCAGCGACGCCUCAAAAUGGGCAGGAAUCUGCGAAUCCAGAAGGAUGGCACUGUGGUGGCGUUGGUCAAGGAGCAAGACUUCAUAAACUUGGACGGAGACGAAAACGAAGAGGAGGACAACCCAGAGAGCUAUGUCCUGGCCGAUAUCGAGCCGGAGAACUCAGGGGAUGAGGAUCACAACGAAGAGGAGCGGGUCAUACCCGAUACUAUUCUGACCAGACAGAAAACCAAGCCCGCACCUGUUAUUAUCAACAAGCAGGCGCGUCAGAAUUCCCAGCCCACGAUCAUCAAUCGACGUCUUCGGAGCAAGGGUGGCACCAAGACGUUCCACAUCAAGGAGGAACCGGACAACUCGGACUUUACCGUGGAACUCCAGGGUGAUGACGGCGAGGUUAUGGUCGUCGAGCUGGUUAACGGAGAGGAUGAGGUGGUGGUCAAGCACGAGCCGAGCGCGGCCUCCAAGAUUAAUGCCAACAACUGCUUUGGCUUCGAGGAGGACGAUGAAUAUGACGAAUUUGAGGCCCCGGAGAACGGAGUUGAAGGCACUUCACAGGAGUUUCUGCAACUGAUGGAUAUGAUUGAGCAGGAUACUUAGUCCCCUGAAAAAAAAACAAAAAAUAAAGAAAAGUUAUUAAGACUAACUUAUGUACAUACCAAGGAUACCAUAACGUAAUUCUACGUUACAUUGUUUUCUAUUUAAAUACAAAUUUAAAGUUUAAACAUUA